GGAUGCUGUCAGAAACAUGAAAAAACAUGGCUAUUUGGAACCAUAGCACAGAAAAGCUUUCACAAAGUCGGUGGCAUCAGACUAGCCGUUGUUUUUCCCGACAGUGCGCGGGUUUGUGACUAGGAGUAGCCGCUCCUGCUCUCCAAGCGAUCGACCAUGGAGGGGAGGGAGAAGAGGAGGCGCGCGACGGUGCUCGACGACGACGACGAGCUGCGGGGACGGCGGAGGGAGCAGGAGGCGGCCCUCCUCCUCCACAAGAUCAAAGGGCUGGUGGGCUGGGUAGUCGCGGAGGUCGGCGCCGGUCGAUCCCCCUCCGUGGCGCUCAACCGCUACCAGAAUUACUGCACCUCCGCCGCCGCGUCCCCGCCCACAUGCGCCUGCAGCUACGACGCACCCGUCGGCACGGACAUCCUCUGCCUCCUCCGCAAGGAAUUCCACGCCUCCCGGCUCAGUGUGCUUCUCAGGGUUCUGUUCGUGGUGCAGCAACUGCUGCAACAGAACAAGCACUGCUCCAAGAGGGACAUCUACUACAUGUACCCCUCCAUUUUUAUAGAACAAGCCGUUGUUGAUCGUGCGAUCAAUGAUAUCUGCAUACUCUUCAAGUGCAGCCGUCAUAAUCUCAACGUGGUUCCUGUCGCAAAAGGUUUGGUGAUGGGCUGGAUAAGAUUUGUGGAGGGUGAAAAGAAAGUCUAUUGCAUAACAAACGCUUUCUCAAUUCCAGUUAGCAUCGAAACAAUCAAAGAUAUUGUUAGCGUUGCUCACUACAUACUUGUUGUUGAGAAGGAGACAGUGUUCCAGCGUUUGGCCAAUGAUAAGUUUUGUGAGAGGAAUCGCUGCAUUGUUAUUACUGGAAGAGGAUACCCAGAUGUCCCAACAAGAAGAUUCUUGCGCCACCUUGUUGAACAGCUGCACUUACCUGCUUAUUGCUUAGUAGAUUCAGAUCCGUAUGGUUUCGACAUUCUGGCCACCUAUAAAUUUGGUUCAAUGCAAUUAGCGUAUGAUGCAAAUCUACUGCGUGUGCCCGGGAUACGGUGGCUCGGGGUCUUCACUUCUGACUUUGAGGAAUAUUGUCUUCCAGACUACUGUCUACUUGAUCUGUCAUCUGAAGAUAGGAAGAAACUUGAAGGAAUUCUCACCAGGUGUUACUUGCACAGGGAAGCCCCAGAAUGGAGGGCGGAGUUGGAAGCCAUGCUGGAAAAGGGCGUCAAGUUUGAGAUUGAGGCAUUGUCAGCAAGUUCCAUUUCCUUUCUAUCACAAGAGUACAUCCCACAGAAGAUCAAAUUAGGGAGGCAUAUAUAGGAUUGUGUAUAUGUGUAUCUAUCCACAAUUGUGCUUGUCUAAGAGCCUUCUUGUUUUAUUUAUACUGAUUGUAAUUGCAUGCCUGAUGUAUGUCCUACAGCCCCUCUUCGAAGUUAACUCGCUACAAGAGUUUGGCUAGAAUUGUUGCAUACCUCCCAUUUCAUAAUGCUUUAAGAGCUGUGAAGUGCUCAGUUUAGGUUGAGCUUAUUCAAUUCCCAUGGUAAUGGGAACCUGUUAUGAGUGAAUUUUUAGAGAUCAAGGAAGAGCUUUAUUGUC